AUGGAAUUAACACUCUCCAUUCCUAACGGCGAUCGAAACCCAAGUAUUGAGACCUAUAAACUUGCCUUGCGACAUCUCGAAAACGCCAUUUCGAAGCGAUCUCUCAAAGAUGGCCCUCAAAACUCCCCUGGUGAUGGUGUUAGUGCGCUCUGCAGCCAUUGUGUAAUAGUAGCCGAGCGAUUAAAAGACGUAUGUUAUAAUGAUGACGUAGCUCAGAAAUUCGAAUUCGGUGUGAGCGCCCGGGAUGCUUCAGAUAAUAUGCAUUUGGGUAGUUUGAAUGAAAUAUUUGCCCAGCAAAAUUGUUCUUUUUGUUCUUUACUCACGAGACAAUUUUUGCGGAUGAAACGAAGAGAUAUUUAUAUGAAUGCAAGAUCAAAGGGGAUAGAUCUUCAUGGAUUGACUCUGACUGGGCUCCUUGAAUUGGCUUAUACAGAGGAGCUCACCGAAAGUGGGGAUGGGGUAGAGUGUAUCAUUGAUCCGUUCUCGGAAUCCAUUCAGCUUUCUCUCAAUACAAUUAUGAGUGAUGGGAUUUUAUCGAUUUGGUGGCCCGAAAAUACAGCGGAUGAUAUCAAUGAUGAACCUACCCAACUUCCAAUGCUCGCCGCUGAUCACGAAACUGUAUUCACCGGUGUGAAAAAACCCUGGAUUCCUUUACCGAGUGGUAGGAUAAGCACUGAAAGAGAUCUGGGUAUGUUCUCAGACUGUUUUAAUUCUUGUUUACAAAGUCAUGAGAAAUGCCGAGAAACGCAAACGACCAGGACCUUAUGUUCAGGUUUUGGACCAAGUAGAUUGAUCGAUAUCGCGGAUAUGAAGAUUGUGAAAAUGGGGAUUCAGGAGGUUCCAAAGUAUUUCAUUCUGAGUUAUGUGUGGGGGCGUCCACCAUUUCUUCUUCUCGAGAAGAGAAAUGAGAAUGAGUUCUCCACGCCAGGUUCUCUUACAACCCAAAGUAUACCGCAAACGAUCCUAGAUGCAAUUGAAAUUACUGGACGCUUUGGAAUACGGUACUUGUGGGUCGACGCCCUCUGUAUAGUGCAAGAUGAUCUAGAAAGCAAAAUGCAUGAGAUUAAUCGAAUGCAUAUUAUCUACGCACAAGCGGAAAUGACAAUCGUAGCAGCUACGGGCGAUGGUGCGAAUUCCGGACUACUGGAUAUCGAUCCAAUUUUCACUGACGCAGAAACUCACUUGAUUAACAACAUCAGAUUCACAGUCAACUCAAUGGAACUUCGUGAUGUGAUAGAGUUUUCAACAUGGUUCACCCGGGGGUGGACAUUUCAGGAAUUAGUAUUUUCAAAACGAAUUCUUUAUUUCACAACGGAAAGAACCUAUUAUUCAUGCGAGGAAGGCAGUUGGAGUGAGGAUUUUCCUCUGUUGAUUCUAGAUAUCAACGAAAAUGGGGAUACGGAUGAGAUUGAGAACAUAUUCUAUGAUGAAAGUCUCAAAACGGGCUUCGAUUUUCGGAAUAAAUUGGAUCCGUUCGAAAAUUACAUGGCAAUGGUAUCGAAAAUGUCUGCGAGACAAUUUACGCAAGAAAGCGAUUGUUUAAAUGCUUGUCGGGGUUUCUACACUGGUCUUCUUUUGAAAGGUCUAGGGGGCUCGGUAUGUGGAAUACCGGCUAUUUGUUUUGAGUUUGCCCUGGCUUGGCAACCGGAGGGAAAUCUUACGCGUAGAGAAUCUCAAGAUUUGAGCUCUGGAAACUUUCCAUUUCCGACUUGGUCGUGGGCGGGUUGGAAGGGCCAGAUUGAGUAUCCAUUUCUCGCAAGUCCAGAAAAGUGUGGGGUAAAGGGGGAAGUGAGGUGGGCUAUCUAUGAAGCUUAUAAGCCAAUCUCCAGCGCAGAUGGUGAAAUAAAAAUAAGGCAAGAGAACAGGUAUAAACAGGUCGUCCCCACAAUCAAAGUGCAUACCUCACCAUCACAAUCGCAUCAAAUUAUGACUUCAUGGUAUACACGUUCUUAUUCGGCCACACCAGGAUCAAGAUCUCCGAAACCCAAAUUUAGGGCUCUACUUGACGUAGAGGGAGACCUGGACACGAGAACCUGGAAAAUCAUGUCAAGUAACUUUAUUGGACCGAGCAUCUUGUUGUUCCAAACAUAUUCUAUCACUUGUCAAAUCGAUAUGAUUGAAAUCUUACGACCGCCGCUAGCGAGACACAAGGACUUGAGAUUCUUCACCAUUUCUUCUCUUGGAGAGGAUCAAAUGAUCGGAGAACUGAAAAUCGAUUCCGCCACUUUGAAUAAUUUUCUCGAGUCUCACGUUUCGUCAGAUUCCACGAGUACGACUAUACAAAUUGAACUUAUCUCCCUGUUUGAAAUCGAUUUUGGGACCUCGUCGGUACAGAACUUGAUGUGGAUGAAUGAGCACAGUUCGAGAGGUACGUUUUCGAGAGAAUUCAUGGAUAUGGUGAAGGAGAGGGAAGGCAGAAGGAUGAAGUGUGUUAUGUGGAUUGUGUGGGAUGAAGAGGAGGGGGUAGCGAUGAGGGUUGCGGUGGGGUGGGUGAGCGUUGAGGGAUGGCAGGGGGAGGGGCCGAGUUGGAAGGAGAUUGUACUUGCGUGA